AGAACCCUGAACAGCCACCAGCAGGGAGAUGGACCCGAAAACAGUGAAGUCAGACCUAGUCCUCAUCCUAGACUAUGGCUCGCAAUACACCCACCUUAUCACCCGCCGUAUCAGGUCCCUCUCCGUUUUCUCUCUCUGCAUCUCCGGCACCUCUUCUCUGAACACCAUCGCUGACCUCAAUCCCCGUGUUGUCAUUCUCUCCGGAGGUCCCCACUCGGUCCAUUCUUCCAACUCUCCGACUUUUCCUUCCGGCUUCGUCGAGUGGGCCCAAUCCAACGGGGUGUUUGUUCUAGGUGUCUGCUAUGGCUUGCAGUUGAUCGUGCAAAGAUUGGGGGGUGAGGUCAGGAUUGGGGAGAAGCAGGAGUAUGGAAGGAUGGAGAUUGAAGUAGAGAAGAAUCUUGGGAUUUUUGGGUCAAAGAAGGUUGGGGACAAGCAGAUGGUUUGGAUGAGUCACGGAGAUGAGGCGGCGCGGUUGCCGGAGGGGUUCGAGGUGGUGGCCAGGAGCCAACAGGGGGCGGUGGCUGCCGUGGAGAAUAGGGAGAGGAGGUUCUUUGGGCUCCAAUAUCAUCCAGAAGUAACACAUUCACCCGGAGGGAUGGAGACAUUGCGAUAUUUCCUCUUUGAUGUUUGUGGAAUAAGUGCAGGCUGGAAGAUGGAGAAUGUAUUGGAUGAAGAAAUUAAAGUGAUCAGGAGCACUGUGCAGCCUGAAGAUCAUGUAAUAUGUGCAUUGUCUGGUGGUGUGGAUUCGACAGUUGCUGCAACACUUGUUCACAAGGCAAUUGGAGAUAGACUUCAUUGUGUUUUUGUCGACAAUGGUUUAUUGAGGUAUAAGGAGAGAGAAAGGGUGAUGGAAACCUUUGAAGCAGAUCUGCAUUUACCUGUGACCUGUGUUGAUGCAACAGAUCCCAGCCCUCAGCUUAAAGGUGUGGUAGAUCAGGAAACGAAAAGG